UCCCUUCCAUUUCCAUUUGGUGUUUCUGUGUGAGACAGAGCGAAUCAUUUGUUUAAAGGAGUAUAGUGGCCUCAUCAAGGUGUGCCAGACAUCCGUGUCGUAGCUAAUCUUCAUCCUGGUCAGAGAGCCCCUGGCUUACGACGGCCACGCCACCCUCAAGUGGGACAUGGCGGUCUACUGCAUCUGCUUCAUCCUGUCUGCCGCCGUGGUGGUGCUCUGCGUCGGCGAGUGUUCCAGAGACAGGACGAUUGUUCUGCUGGGAAAAACUGGUGCUGGAAAGAGCAGCACAGGAAACACCAUAUUUGGUGGGGAGGAAGUGUUCCAUACAUCCAGUUCCUCUAACUCCUUAACAGAGAAAUGUAAACCUGAGUCCAGGAUCGUAGAGGGAAGACAUGUCACUUUGAUCGACACACCAGGUUUUUUUGACACCAGGAUCUCUGACGAUGAGCAGAGGAAAGAAAUAAUUAAUUGUAUGACAGAGUCUGCCGGAGGUGUUCAUGCAUUUCUAAUUGUGCUCAAAGUGGAGAAAUUUACUGUUCAUGAGAAAGAAAUCAUUACAAAAAUCCAACAAUCGUUUUCAAAUGAAGCUUUCAAAUAUGCUACAGUCCUUUUCACUCAUGGAUAUCAACUCAAAGGUAAACCCCUCCAGGAUUAUGUGCUAGAGAACAAAGAGGUGAGUCAACUGGUGAAGAAGUGUGGAGGCCGCUGUCAUGUUAUCGACAAUGAGCACUGGAACCAGGGUCAGCAGGACAGGAAGAGCAUCAACCAGUUCCAGGUGUCAGAGCUACUGAAGACCAUCGACCAGAUGGUGGAGCAGAACGGAGGAGGCAGCUACACUAAUGAGAUACUCCAGGCAGUGCAGGAGGAACUACAAGCAGAGAUGAUGUUAGUAAGAGAGGAGUCAGGGGGUAAACUGUCUGAUGAGGAGAUUCACAGACAGAUUAAGAAAACAGUGAAGACCAAGUUAUCUGUCAGAUUGGCUGGCAUAGCAACAGGAGUCUUGGUGGGAGGUGUGUUUGGAGUUACAACAGCAGCACUUUUACCCUUGUAUAUAAUAACAGUAGUCGCUAAAGAAUUAAGAUCAACUGCAAAAGAGAUAGGAUCAACAGCAGAAGCUUUUCAAGCAAUAGGAUUCGUAGUAGAAGGAGGAGGAACAGCAGCAUCAGGAGGAGGAACAGAAGCAGCAGCAGGAACAUGGUUGAGUACAGCAGCGAAAGGUAUAUUAUCUCCAGCGAAAUAUAUGGUAGGAACAGGAGCAGUACUAGGAGGAUUAGGAGGAGGGAUGAUUGGGGCUGAUGCAGCUGAGGGAGCAGAAACAGCAGGAGAAGCAGCAGUAGCAGCAGCUACAGCAGUCUAUGACAAAUCUACGGCUGCUUUGGGUAAAGUGAAGGAUUGGGUACAGGAGUACAAUAAAGAGAAAUCUUUAUGAGAAUAUUGCUCUUAAAAUGUCUCACAGAAUAUAGGUUAAACUGGAAUAUGAAGAAGGAAACAUGCUUUAUUUUAAUUGUAUCUAGACAUUACAAUAUAUUAGUUUUAAUUGAGUUAUUUGCUCAAAUCUUUUUCUUUCAGCUUGUGUAUCAUUGGUUUAUAGUAUAGUGAGGAACAAAUCAGUUAAAGUUGAUCAUAAUUCAGAGAUGGAUGGUGACAGAGAGGUGCAUAGAGAAUAACUGAUUAUUAAAAUGUUUCAUGGUUUUGUUUUUGGUUAAGCAAUAAAAAAAGCCUAGU